AUGUUGCGUCUCAUUCUGACAGGUAUACUUGCGACUGCUGCUUGGGCAGCGCCUGGAGCCCGAUCGCGACAGGCGAUGAGCUUCCAAUACUUCAACAACCGCACAAUCUUUCAGUCUCCGGAAGACUACACAACUCCAGGGACGCUCUAUGCACGCGCUAUACAGCUCUCGUCGGGCUCACUACUCGCGACGUGGGAGAACUACAGCCCUGAACCGCCGCCAGUCUACUUCCCCAUAUACCAGUCGGAUGACUUGGGCAUUUCCUGGUCUGAAAUAGCUCGCGUUGAGGACCAGGUAAAUGAUUAUGGUAUGAGGUACCAGCCUGACAUAUAUGAGCUUCCUCAAGAUUUCGCAGCGUUCAAAGCAGGAGAUCUAUUCAUUGCCGGUUCCAGCAUUCCCACAGAUCUGAGUUCAACGCACAUAGAACUUUACGCUUCGACAGACAAAGGGGUCUCCUGGAAUUUCGUCAGCCACAUCGCAAGUGGCGGUGUCGCGAUUCCAGACAACGGCGAGACGCCAGUGUGGGAGCCCUUCCUGAUGCUGCACGAAAACACCCUCAUCUGCUACUAUUCUGAUCAGCGAGAUCCGGCUCACGGUCAAAAGCUUGUCCAUCAAACGACUACUGAUGGUGUCACGUGGUCCGAGAUUGUCGAUGAUGUCUCCUACGCUGAAUAUACGGCGCGGCCAGGGAUGCCGACAGUGGCACAAAUGAGCGAUGGCCGCUACAUCUACACGUAUGAAUAUGGUGGUGGUCCAGAAGACGGCGUGAAGCCGGAAAAUUACAGCUUCCCGGUCUUCUACAAAGUCAGCGAGGAUCCGUACAACUUCAAUGCUGUGGAAGGGCAACCACUUGUGACUAGCGAUGCGACCAGGACUGUGCCAAAAUCAAGCCCAUUUGUCGUGUUCGAUACGAACAAGGACCGGAUAAUAGUGAGCUGUGGCACUAAGAGCGAUGUCUAUAUCAACGAUAACUUUGGAGAUGUGAAUGCAUGGCAGAGUCGGCCCAGCGGAGAACGAGUUAGCUAUACCCGGAACCUUCAUCUCAUCAACAACGAUGCGGGCGAGACCGUUCUGGGGAUAAUAGGCGGUGGGGAACUGCCUCCAAGCGAAGGCAAUCGUGUUGCGAAUGGAGUCGUCAAUAUGGCAGAAUGGUAG